CUCUUGACACAAACUGGAAAUCAACAAUGGCAAGCACAAGCUCCAAACCCAAAAUCAAGACUAGGAUCAAGAUUAACAGACCCCUUUAUAUCAACUUACUGUUUGACAAGGAAAAACUUCCUUCAUCUCUUUGGGGAGGCGGGCCCACCAUAGUCCCUGGACCAGGAGGACCGGAGGACUUGCCGGAAGUUUUCAACAAGGUGAUGAACACCACCGAAGGAUUCAUGAAGAGUUUUGUCAGGAUGCAUGGUAAUCUGUUAAAAGACGGCUAUGAGGACUUGGCUCAUGAGAUUGAAACUCAGUUAACGGAAAACGACAUUGUUCCCAUGAUUAUUGUGGUCACCGGCAUCAUUGAGGCGUACGCGGAUGCUGGCAAGACCAUGGAAGCUCUGGUGUUGUACCUGAUUCUUUUGGUCUCUAAUUGUGUCCCCAACCCUUACACAUAUAGUGUUCUCAUCAAGGCACUGGCUGCAGACCCGGACCCCAAAUUUCUUGAGGUUGCAAAGGAGUGCAAACUGGAGAUGAUGGAAAAGGGAUGGCAGCCCAAUGCCGAGACCUACACUGCCGUGUUUAAGGCAUUUGCUUUGCAGGAGAAGGUCGAAGAGGGUAAGGAGUUUCGGGAGGAAAUGGAAGCUAAGGGCUUCGUGGCAGACAAGAUGGCUGUGAUUGAUGCUCUCAAGGAGACUACAGGACCGGUGGUUAAAAGCAUUCACAACAUUCUCUUUGAUGACUCAGAGUACUCCGACUCAGAUGACGAUGAUGAUAUAAAGAAAUUCUACAAACUGAUUGACUUGCAGAAGCUUUCUCCUUAUAGUUUUGUAACUCCUCUCCUCAAGAUUCCUGAUAUUGAAAAUGACCCAGAGAACCCCAAAGAUUUUCAACAAGUCUUCAAUAAGAUGCACACCGCGGAAGGUUUUUUCAAAACUGUGGUAAGGAUGUUCAAAAUGCUAGAACGUGAAGGCUUCCUAUCUCAGGCUCAAGAGAUCAGGGCCAAGAUAUAUUCUUUUUGUGAAUCUAAUGAUAUGCCGAAGUCGUGAUUCACACCGGCAUGAUGGAGAUCUACUCCAAGGCUGACAGGUCCAAGGAGGCUCUCAGGGUGUUCCAGAGGAUGAUAUCCCUUGGUGUUGCUCCCAACGCAUACACCUAUAGUGUUCUCAUCAAGGCACUCACUAAAGACCCCAACUUCCUUGAUGAUGCCAAGCAGUAUGUGCUGGAAAUGAUGGGGAAUGGAAUGCAACCCACUGCCAAGACCUACACCACUUUGUUUUAUGCUUUUGCCCAGCUGGGGAAGGAUAAGUUGAAGGAGGUUAAGGAGUUUGUGAAGCAGAUGAAAGCCAGGGGUUUUGUAGCUAACAAGAAAGCUGUGAAGGAAGUUCUGAAGGGUAAAAAAGCACCUAUUGCUAGAAUGGUCAUCAACAUUCUCUUUGCUGAGUAGAUAUAUCGAUCAAUCCACUUGCUCCAUUCAGAUUAGUGUCAAAACUUAGAAACCUGGAAUCCAAUUAUAAUGUCUCAUGUCUCAAGUCCUAACUACUGGGUGAGCAGGUAUAUAUAUAUGAACUAGCUAGG